GUGAAAAUGGCGGCACUGUCAUCCCUCCACCACGUCUCCACCACUCUAUCCCUCCUCGGCCUCGCCAAGCCGUCACUUUUCUCCACUCCUUUCCCCCGCCUCCCUCCAAUCACCUCCUCUUCUUUACAAUUCAACAUCAAAUUUGGUUCUCCAACCCCCAAACCAAAACCCAGACCCCCACCCAACCUCAAAUCUGACGCCGUUCUCGAUUCCGAUUCCGACUCCCCUCCCAAUGGUCAGUUCUUCAUCCCCUGGAUCGUCCGCGGCGAGGACGGUAACCUCAAGCUCCAAGCUCACCCCCCUGCAAGUUUUAUCAACGCGCUUGCUGAUGCUAAAACACAAAAGCCCAAAAAGAAGGUCGUCAAGGAGGUGAAGAAGAAAAAAGAGGUUUCAGCUGCUGGGAGUGCGAGUAUCGAGCCGCCGGCGCCAUCUCCUAAGCUUUCCAAGGCUGCUAGAAGGUUUUAUAAUGAAAAUUUUAGGGACCCUCCUCAAAGGUUAAGUAAAGUCCUGGCUGCCGCUGGAGUGGCAUCAAGACGUGGAAGUGAAGAGCUUAUUUUUAAUGGCAAGGUGACUGUUAAUGGUUCAGUGUGCAAUGCUCCUCAGACUCGAGUUGAUCCCUCAAAGGACAUUAUUUAUGUCAACGGGAACCGCCUUCCUAAAAAACUGCCACCAAAGGUGUAUCUUGCCCUAAACAAGCCCAAAGGUUAUAUUUGCUCAUCCGGAGAAAAGGAGUUCAAAUCUGUCCUGGAUCUGUUUGAGGAUUAUUUAAAGAUGUGGGACAAAAUAAAUCCAGGAUCUCCGAAGCCACGAUUAUUCACAGUUGGCCGACUUGAUGUUGCUACAACUGGCUUAAUUAUUGUGACCAAUGAUGGAGAUUUUGCUCAAAAGCUUUCACAUCCUUCAUCAAACUUAACGAAAGAAUACAUUGCAACAAUUGAUGGUGAAGUAAGGAAGCGACACUUAAUUGCCAUCAGUGAAGGGACAGAAAUUGAAGGCAUUCUUUGCAUCCCGGAUUCUGUGGAAUUACUUUCAAAGCAGCCAGAUUUGUCUAGACCUCGCAUUCGUGUAGUGGUUCAUGAAGGGAGGAAUCAUGAAGUCCGUGAACUCGUGAAAAAUGCCGGGCUUGAGAUUCAUUCGUUGAAGCGUGUACGCAUCGGUGGUUUCAGGCUUCCAGCAGAUCUCGGGUUAGGGAAGCAUAUCGAGCUAAAGCAGAGCGACCUUCGUGCAAUGGGUUGGAAGAGUUAAAGUCGCUGCUUCAGCGUAAGCAUCUUGGAAGGCUCAUAGAAGUCAGUGCUACAUCGGAAGCAUCUGCGUUCCGUUUGGUCUUCCAUUGGUGGGAGAGGUUUAAUCGGAUAUUUAACGACAAACCAUUCGAGAGCAUCUGAACUGAUCCCUUCAUUUAUGGCAACAAUAUAUGAGUUGAGACUUGUCAUUUCUCAUUGGAUUAGAUAAAUAUUAAUGAAUAUAUGUGAGACUCGUGGUGGCAAUUAUAACAUAAAUCUGUCCAACAUCAAAGAUCACAAGCUUCUUCCACUAUUACCGACACCUUCUUAUACAAACCGACUCGCCGGCUCUUUGAACGGAGGAUGUCACAGUUGAAACAUAGCACUGUUCAUCCUAUGAAAGUUGAUUUCAACAGA